CUUUUCAAAAAAAAAGCAAUAUGACUUACGGACCCCUUUACUUUAUCAAAAGCCACUUUAACGGCCGUGUCAUCGAUGUCGAGGAAGGUUCCACUGAGGAUGAUGCCACCAUCAUUGUCUAUACUCAAAAAUCCGAGGAUUGCUUGAACCAGCUGUGGCGCUAUGAAGACGGUUACUUUAUUAAUGCCAAAUCUGCCAAGGCUCUUGAUAUCCGUGGUGGUGAGAUGAACGAGGAGUCCCAAAUAUGCCAGUGGCAACAGAAGCAGCCGGAAGAGGCCGCAAACCAGCGCUGGUCUAUUGAUGAAGAGGGUUAUAUCUUCUGUGAUGCUAGACCCGACUUGGUCUUGGACAUUGCUGGCGGUGAGGAUGAUGAUGGUGUUCCUGUAAUUCUCUACGGAAAGCGUGAGGGUGAAGUUGCCAGUAACCAGAGAUGGUACUUGGUAGAAUGUGAACUUUACUAAGUAUUUUUCUUUAAAAGAAAAGAAAAAUCCAUGUAAAAUGAGAGAAAGUAUCGACACUUUGUACAAAAUAAAAUAAGCAAUACUCUUUUUUUUUU